AUGCCACCUGUCCUGGCCACCCUCUUCCUCCUUCACUCCUGCUUCACCCAAGGAGAUGGCCACAUCCUCGAAGGCCUGACGCUGCUGAAGACAGAGUUUGCACUUCGCCUCUACCAGAAUGUGGCAGCAGGUGGAAACAGGACAAACUUUGUCAUCUCUCCCGCCGGUGUGGCCCUCCCACUAGAGAUCCUGCAGUUUGGAGCCCAAGGGAACACUAGGCGACAGCUGACAGAUGCCCUGGGGUACAGCGUCCACGACCAAAGAGUGAGAGAUUUCUUGCACGCCGUUUACGCCACACUGCCGACCUCCAGCCAAGGUGCCGAGAUGGAGCUGGCCUGCACUCUUUUUGUGCAAGAGGGAACGCAGCUGUCCCCCUGCUUUGUGGAGCAGGUCUCCUGGUGGGCUAACAGCAGCCUGGAGCCAGCCCCUAUGAGCGCCAACCUCAGUGAGCUUGGUGAGCCCAAUGGCACCACCGACCAGGCCAGCGAAGGUGUCCCCAGACAGACCGCAGGUGGCAGGUUGCAGGGACCCAGUGAGGGCCCAGGUGGCUCACUGUGGGAGCAGGUUGGUGCAGCGUUUCCUCAGCUCGUUCUCGUGAGUGCCAUGUCCUUCCAAAGCACUUGGCAGAAGAGAUUCUCCUCCACAGACACACAGCUCCUGCCCUUCACCGGUGCCCAGGGCCUCGUCUUCCAGGUCCCCAUGAUGUACCAAACAGCCGAGGUCAACCAUGGCCAGUUCCAGGAUGCCGCAGGACAUCAGGUGAGGGUGCUGGAGCUGCCUUACCUGGGAAGUGCAGCAAGUUUGUUCCUGGUGCUGCCUCGUGACAAAGACACCCCGUUGAGCCACAUUGAGCUGCACCUCACAGCCAGUAUCAUUCACCUCUGGACCACCAGCCUGCGGAGAGCAAGGAUGGAUGUGUUUCUCCCCAGAUUUAGGAUCCAAAACCAAUUCAACUUAAAAAGCAUUUUAAAUUCUUGGGGAGUCACCGAUCUUUUUGAUCCACUCAAAGCUAACUUGAAAGGAAUUUCAGGUCAAGAUGGCUUUUAUGUUUCUGAAGCUAUCCACAAGGCCAAGAUUGCAGUUUUAGAGGAAGGCACCAAAGCAUCUGCAGCCACAGCUCUGUUGUUACUGAAAAGGUCUAGGAUUCCCAUUUUUAAAGCUGAUCGGCCAUUCAUCUUUUUCCUGAGAGAACCCAACACAGGAUUUGUCUUCAGUAUUGGGAGAGUUUCAAAUCCCUUAGACUAA